AUGCCUUCACGCCGUACCUGCCUUGCCCUCCUCUUUCUACUACUCCUUGCCGUCUGCCCACUGUCCGCCGCCGCCGCGUCGAAUGUCGCUGCGGCCCCCGCCUCCUCUUAUCGCCGUAUCUCAUGGGCGAGCAACCUCACGCUGCUCGGAUCCGCCUCGCGCCUCCCGGACGCAGCCGGCGUCGCGCUCACCACCCCGUCCCGCGACGGCGUCGGCGCCGGCCGCGCGCUCUUCUCGGAGCCUGUGCGCCUCCUCCUGCCCUACGACGCGGCCUCCGCCUCGUCCUCGGGACCCGCCACCCCGGCCUCCUUCUCCACCCGCUUCACCUUCCGCAUCACGCCCUCGCCCUCCUACGGCGACGGCCUUGCCUUCCUCCUCACCUCCUCCCGCAGUUUCCUCGGCGCCUCCAACGGGUUCUUUGGCCUGUUCCCCUCCUCAUCCGCCUCCGAUGAGAGCGAACUCCGCGACGUGUCCACUGUCGCCGUCGAGAUCGACACCCAUCUCGACGCGGCGCUGCAUGACCCGGACGGGAACCACGUCGCGCUCGACGCGGGAUCCAUCUUCUCCGUGGCGUCUGCACACCCAGGCGUAGACCUCAAGGCCGGCGUGCCCAUCACCGCCUGGGUUGAGUAUCGCGCGCCGCACCGCCGCCUCAAGGUAUGGCUCUCGUACUCACCGACCCGUCGCCCCGAGAAGCCCGCCCUCUCGGCCGAUGUCGACCUCUCCGGCCUCCUGCGCACCUACAUGUACGCGGGGUUCUCGGCGUCCAAUGGCAACGGCGCUGCUCUUCACGUCAUCGAGCGCUGGACCUUCCGCACCUUCGGCUUCCCCAAUUCUUCACACGCCCCGCCGCCGACCAAGAACAUAGGCCCAACUUCGCCCAAUCAGCCUCCCCCUCCCCGUCACCACCGCCGCCGCCGUCUAUUCUACAAGGUGCUUGGCGGAGUCCUCGGCGGUAUGGUAUUGCUGGGCCUUGUCGUCGUUAGUUCUGUUGUCUGGCUUGCCCGGUCAGUGCGCCGCAAGCAGCAAGAACCUGCAGGGCAUGACGAGGACAUGCCGGAAGCAACACUGUCUAUGGAGGUGGCGCGAGCAGCAACAAAGGGCUUUGACAGUGGCAAUGUGAUCGGCGUUGGUGGCUCUGGUGCCACUGUGUAUGAGGGAGUGCUCCCCUCUGGGUCGAAGGUUGCGAUCAAACGGUUUCAGGCUAUUGGACCGUGCACAAAGGCAUUUGAAAGUGAGCUUAAGGCCAUGCUUAACUGUCCUCAUCACCCCAAUCUAGUGCCACUUGCUGGGUGGUGCAGGAGUAAGGAUGAGCUUGUGCUUGUUUAUGAGUUCAUGCCCAAUGGUAAUCUUGACUCCGCACUGCACACACUGGGUGGAGCAACACUUCCCUGGGAGGCACGGUUCAGGGCUGUAUAUGGUGUUGCAUCAGCACUAGCAUAUCUGCAUGAUGAGUGUGAGCACCGGAUUCUGCAUCGUGAUGUCAAGUCAUCAAAUGUGAUGCUUGAUGCAGAGUUCAAUGCCCGACUAGGUGAUUUUGGCCUUGCCCGCACUGUAAGCCAUGGUGGGUUGCCACUUACAACACAACCAGCAGGAACGCUGGGGUACCUUGCACCAGAAUAUGUUCAUACAGGGGUGGCAACAGAGCGGUCUGAUGUAUACAGCUUUGGGGUGCUUGCUCUGGAAGUGGCCACUGGUCGAAGGCCCGCAGAGAGGGGAAUCUCUGUUGUCAAUUGGGUGUGGACUCUGUGGGGUCGUCGAAGAUUGGUUGAUGCAGCAGACCGGCGUCUCCAGGGACGAUUUGUUGCAGAUGAGAUGCGACGGGUACUGCUUGUGGGUCUAUGCUGUGUACAUCCAGACUGCCGGAAGAGGCCUGCUAUGCGAAGGGUAGUCAGUAUGCUUGAUGGUACUGCACCGUUGAUAUCGGUACCAGAUAAGAUGCCACCAGUUCUUCUACAACCACUAACAAAUCAAGUUUCCUCAAUGAACUCUGCAGAUACUGCCAAUACUGCAUUCUUCAGUUGUCGCUGAGCAUACAAAUUAUAGGUUAGUGAAUAUAGUUUUCUUCUUCAUAUCGUCUAUAUCCAUAUGUUCAUCUUUUUAAUCGUCUGAUGUUCUUUUCUACUGAAAAAAGUGUGAGACUGUUGUGAUUAAUUGUUACAUAAAUGUUGCUUGGAUCUUAACUGUUUAGGCUGUUAUGCAUAGCUAAUGACAGAUUUUCUAGGAAACUGUUGA